AUGAGGUCCGAGACACGACACCUGAUCCCACCGCGCGAACAUGAUAAACUAUUGCUGCAUCAGCUGGGUGCUCUUGCCCAAAAACGGCUUGCAAGAGGCCUCAAAUUAAACCACACUGAAGCUACUGCCCUUAUCGCGACUCAAUUGCAAGAGUAUAUCCGUGAUGGGAAUCAUACGGUCGACGAAUUGAUGGAUCUAGGAAAGAGAAUACUCGGUCGCCGCCAUGUUUUGCCUAGUGUCCCAGCGUUAUUACACGAGAUUCAGGUUGAAGGAACGUUCCCGGAUGGAGUCUUUCUUGUCACGGUUCAUAAUCCCAUCUGCUCGGACUCUGGUGAUUUGGCCAUCGCGCUUUAUGGAUCUUUCUUGCCGAUUCCUUCCGAAGACACAUUCGAGCUUGAAAACUCAUCUCUCUACGCGAACGAUGCUGCACCUGGUGCUGUUAUUGUACGUCGCGAGCCGAUCGUAAUCAAUCAAGGUCGUGAUCGUAUUCGGCUCAAGGUCACCAAUAAAGGUGACCGACCCAUUCAGGUCGGCUCACACUAUCACUUUAUCGAGACGAAUGCUGCUCUCGACUUUGAUCGUGGAAAGGCUUAUGGAAAACGAUUAGAUAUUCCUGCGGGGACAGCGGUACGAUUCGAACCAGGUGAUCCAAAAUACGUCAAUCUUGUCAGUAUCGGAGGAGCACAAGUGAUCAGAGGUGGCAAUAACCUUGCGAGCGGGAAAGCCCAGCUGUCUCGUACAGACGAGAUCGUGAAGAACCUGCUGGCCUGUGGCUUUGCUCACACACCCGAACCAGGCGCCCUCAGUGUUGCAGAGCCAAACACAAUGACACGCGAGGCAUAUGCUGGAAUGUUCGGCCCGACCACUGGGGAUCGUGUUCGGUUAGGAGAUACUGGCCUCUGGGUCGAAGUUGAACACGACUUUACGGUUUAUGGAGACGAAUGCAAAUUCGGCGGGGGUAAGAACCUUCGAUCUAUUUUGGGGCCUGCUAAAUUUAGUAAGCUUAAAUUAAACGUGCAGGGUGACAUCGGAAUAAGUGGCGGAAAGAUUGUUGGAAUCGGCAAGGCAGGAAAUCCCGAUGUGAUGGAAGGCGUUACCCCGAAUUUGAUAGCCGGAACAAAUACCGAAGUCAUCGCGGGCGAGAAAUUGAUUGUUACGGCUGGCGCAAUCGAUGCCCACGUUCAUUAUAUAUGCCCACAACAAUGGCAAGAGGCCAUUGCAUCUGGCACGACGACGAUGAUAGGAGGCGGUACGGGCCCGUCUGCUGGGACAAAUGCGACUACCUGCACUCCUUCUCCCUUCUACAUGCGCCACAUGCUGGCCGCAACCGACUCGAUUCCAAUCAACUUUUUGUUCACUGGCAAGGGCAACGAUGCUAGCCCGGUUGCUCUAGAGGAAAUAGUGCAAGCAGGCGCUGCAGGGCUCAAGCUGCACGAGGACUGGGGAUCUACUCCUGCGGCUAUCAAGAACUGCUUGGAUGUAGGUGAUAAGUAUGACGUCCAGGUGAAUAUUCAUACCGAUACCCUCAACGAAAGCGGUUUCGUAGAAAGUACGAUUGCCGCGUUUGGUGGAAGGACAAUUCAUACGUAUCAUACGGAAGGAGCUGGUGGUGGACAUGCGCCCGAUAUCAUCGUUGUGUGUGAGCAAGAAAAUGUGCUUCCUUCAUCGACGAACCCUACGAGACCAUUUGCGGUGAACACUGUCAGCGAACACCACGACAUGCUCAUGGUGUGCCAUCACCUCGACAAAUCGAUUCCGGAAGAUUGCGCAUUUGCGGACUCUCGAAUUCGACAGGAGACGAUCGCAGCCGAAGACGUGCUUCAUGACCUGGGUGCGAUCGCAAUGAUUUCCUCCGACUCUCAAGCUAUGGGUCGAGUUGGAGAGGUAGUUUCUCGGACUUGGCGAACAGCUUCCAAAAUGCGCGAACUUCGCGGACCUCUGGCAAAUGAUGGAGAUGAAGAUGGCAAGGACAAUGCCCGUGUAAAACGAUACGUUAGCAAGUAUACUGUCAAUCCCGCCAUUACUCAUGGAAUAAGCCAUUUGGUUGGCCAAGUGAAGGAGGGUUGUCUUGCGGAUUUGGUCCUUUGGCGCCCAGAGAACUUUGGCGCUAAACCAGAAAUGGUUCUCAAGUCGGGUGUUAUUGCUUGGGCGCAGAUGGGGGACGCGAAUGCAUCUAUCCCAACUGUCCAACCGGUUUAUUCGCGUCCUAUGUGGGGUGCGCAGCCCGGCUCGGCGGCAUUGAACUCUGUUGCGUUUGUUUCAAAGGUUUCCAUCACUUCAGGGGCAAUACAAACUUAUGGGUUAUCAAAGCGGCCAGAGGCUGUCCUGGGCUGUCGGUCGAUACGGAAGAAGGACAUGAAAUGGAACAAUUCUACACCCAAGAUGUCGGUAGACCCCGAGACCUAUGCGGUGCAUGCGGAUGGUGUUCUCGCGGAUGUGCCUCCAGCCUUGACGUUACCCCUCACACGUGCUUACAACGUUUUCUGA